AUGUCUUGUUUUCAUCAUACGACAGUAGACUACUGUACCAGCUCAACCCAACAGACGAUGAAGAAGUGGGAGGCUGCGUCUGUCGAAAUGUAUCGUUCUCCGUUUCCAUACGUUACAAUCUACUUGCUAUGGUGACCUUGUUAUGAGUGUUUUGGCAAUAACUGUUACUGACGCAGCGAGAUGGUGCAGCAGUAAUGAAAACAUAUUUAUCCUGUUGUAGCCUUCCAGGACCGAUAUGUGAUGCGUCGCUGAUUUUUUUUCUGUGUACAGGCUAUCAUCUUUCGUUCUUGAUACAACGUUAUCGCCUGCAAAUGAUGUUGAAUUUAUCUCAAUUAUUGGACGAAUAUCCUAAAUGGUUUUGAAACAUUCCUGGAAAUCAAUCAUGUAUGGAUCGAAGGACUUGUUUAUAGAUCUCAUGUAUUUCAUAUCGUAAUUCUUUGGGACUCCGUUCGACAUUAUCUAAAAUAGCACGGGUGCAGGACAGGUGUGUAAUCAUGGAACCUACAGGCUCCACCUUGGACAUGCAGAUGGAGAGUGUUGAGAGGAGUACAGUGUUUCUCAGACAGGAACAUCUCACCCUACUGCAUGGCCUACACCUGGAGAUCCUGUCCUUGCAGAAACGAUGUAGCGAGUUGACAUGUGAGCUGAAUGUGAAACCUCCAGGCAAGAGUGAACUGGACCUGGCGGAGGAGGAGGAGCAGCUGGAGGCCCGCUGUCUGGAGGUCGAAGAUCGCCGGGCCGAGCAGCAGUGCACACUGGGAGAGCUGUGUAAGGAGCUGACUCACAAGGGGGCGCUGGUUGGUGUGCUGCGGGCUAACCUCAAGGACAAGGAGCGCCGCUUCCUGGAUGAGCUGAAGCGCCGCAGCCAACGCUCCACGGUGCUCAACACAGAGCUGCAGAGGCAGACCGAGGCGGCAGCCUACCUCUCGUUCCAGCUGCACGCUGCCCGACAGAAACUGCAACACCAGCGGCUGCAGCAGAGGCAGCAGGCCCUCAGGGAAAACUGGGAGAAUAGGGAUCGUCAUCAUGGGAAUCCCCCUGGGCCCCAGUACAGCCAAGCAGCCGAGUGGGACACCGCCAUCUUUUCUCCCUUUUCUCCUCAGUCGCCCUCCGGUUUCUCCAAUGCCUCCAACACCAGCUCUGCCAUAGCCUCCCCUGUGGUCAAGCCUAAACGCAGGGACAGCAGGACCAUGUCAGGGCACCAGCUCCGGGCGGAGAGGGCCAGGGAGUGUGUCCCCAGGGAGAGGGUGACGUGCCCUGCAGAGCCCACCGCCAUGCCUGACCCAGCGCUGUUCCUCCACCCUCACCGCAGGCACCACAGGUCCAGGGUCAGGCAUUCCUACUCCCUGGCCCACAGACAGAAUCCUCUGGUGGGGGAAAGAGGGGAGGAGGAGGAGGGGGGUGGAGAGGGGCCCAUGGAGCCCCAGGACGGAGCUCCUCCCAGACUGGCGGCCACGGCCACAGCGUCACCUGCUGGCUGCUCAAACCAAGGCUGAAGGCUGAUGGCCCCACUGUGACCAUCCCUAGAAAUGCAUCAUCAUCAUCACUAUUAUCAUAAUCAUUGUCAUCAUCAUCGCUAUCCUCAUAAUCACUAUGACUAUCUGAUUUUAUUAAUACUGUAAAUCGCCCAUUGUCCUGCACCAUUAUCGAAUUGAUACUGAGAUUAAUUUAGCAUUGUUGAUUAUAAUCCUAUUAACUCUAAUGACUGGUAUUUAGAUGUAUUGCUAUGAUGAACACUUUUUAUAAUUAUACAUUUUGACAUGACCUGAAUUAACCCAAACUUCCAGGUGUACGAACACCCAAUGAGGUUGUUGUUACUAAUCACUUCACGUCAAUGUGUAGAAUCAUGUAGUUGAAUGCAUUUACACUGGCGUCGCUCUAUAUAACGUUAUUAUGGGGCCUUAUCCGAGUGUGACAUCCUGUGUGGAGGUUAGUUUAACAUAUGGCCUGUUGUCAUAGACCACAGCGCCUACUGUGCAAUUACCUUACCCUGCUGUGUCGUUUUAGGGCCAACCAUAAAUCAACCCUGGGUUGCCCUUGUAGAAAACAUUUUCUGACCUCUGUUACGCGGAGUCACAGUUGGGUAGCGUCUGAGCAUCUGUGUAUGUCCUUGAAUUUCAGAUCUGCAUCGGUGGCCUUCACUUGAAAAGUUCCCACAUGGCCAAGAGGUGUAGUCAUACCCCACUGAAUCUUUCUUUAUUCCAUUGGUCAUACAAUAGGUAGGCCUACAGCACACCCUAUACGUUAUACAAUAAUUGAAAGUAACAUUAGUCCACUGACCUCACACACAGAUCUUAGUAGGUUUCAAUUAUAUUGUGUCUCUGAGCUUUAAAAAAAAUACAAAUAUUACCAAACACUGAUGAAGCUAUUGGAUGAGUUAAACUGGAGUUCCUGGCAUCCUGCAUAAAUAGGUGGAGGUAUAGGUAACCUUCUAAUCUUGCAGAUGCUUUGCAUAAACAGGACAUUUUUGGGUAAUAAUGCAUUGGGACCAGUUUGGCCAGAUGCUUCUCUCAGGUUUAGUGAGCUGUGUGUAAUACUGUACACAGAGAAUAGUAUUUCUCUGUGUUUAUUUACAUCUGUGGUUUGCUGGGGGGGUUUCACCUUAGGGAUAAAAGACACAUAGGAAUGUUGUUUAUAGAUGGUAUGUGUAACGAUCCUCUUCCUGUAUAUGACUGGACCAAAGCGCAGCGUGGUACAUGUUCAUGAUAUUUUAUUCAAUCAGAACACUUGAACAAAACUAACAAAGAAGAAAACAAACAGUUCUGUAAGGAAACUAAACUAUACAGAAAAUGACUACCCACAAAAAACCCUGUGGGAAAAAGCUACCUAAGUAUGGUUCCCAAUCAGAGACAGCGAUAGACAGCUGUCCCUGAUUGAGACCCAUACCCGGCCAAAACAAAGAAAUACCAAAACAUAGAAAAAGGAACAUUGAAUGCCCACCCAAAUCACACCCCGACCAAACCAAAUUAGAGACAUAAAAAGCUCUAAGGUCAGGGCGUGACAGUUUGUUGCUGUUUGUUUUGGGUUGACCUUAGGCUGUGGCUGAUUUGAUCUCACUAUUACUAGUCAAGCAAAAGGGGUUAUUAGGGCCUUCUGGUAGAUUUGUCUCUUGUCUCAGAUAGCUGAGAAGAGAAAAUUCUAAUUUUCUUAAAUAAAGGGGUAAUUUUGGUUAUCUACAUGGUAGACUCCAAGCUGUGUAGACAGCAGCUGUUGAAAGCCAUGACGCUAUGAAACCAGCCAACAUUGAUUUGCACUUGGCUGACCCUAGUGGUGUAGUGAGAGAAUAGCACCCAACCAGAUGAAGAUGUGUGGUGUCACUUGAUCUGAACAUUUAACCUAGUCUCUUUUCCUUUUAAUUGUCUUUUAGUUGAUGAAAUUGGUGGAUUUUACAUUCAACAUCAGAUUAUCUUACUGAAACUGUUAAUCUUGGUAGGUAAUAUAUCUUAACCCUUAUAUGAAUGUACAUAUAUCGUCUGAUAAUAACUCAAUAUAACACAGAGGUAAUCCUUUUAGUAGACACUCUUAGCCAGAGCAACUUACAGUAAGUGAGUACAUACUUUUUCAUACUGGUCCCCUGUGGGAAUUGAACCCACAACCCUGGUGUUACCAGUGCCAUGCUCUACCAACUGAGCCACACGGGAAAUGUUGUCAAGGGGUUAUUUAAUACAAAAUAUAUCCUAUUAAUCAAUAUAAAAUGGAAUACUGUAAAAGCUAUUAGAAGGAUAUGUUUUAUUAUGAUUGUUUUAACUUCAUCUUUUUUUACGACUUAUUUAACUGAUUGUUUAAUAUAUUAUGUUUAUUAUAUUACAGAAUGUUAUAAAACUAUGAUGCUAUUUUCUGUAUUUAUCUGUCUAUAAGGCAUUUGGAGGAGGUAUUGUCAUGGAAUGCCUUGAAGAAGAGAAGAUGGUUUGCAUUCAGUGCAGACAUUUAACAUUGUUGUUUUUUACAAUGUAAGAAGAGCUGCCUCAUUACUGAAAAGCCAUGAACUUCAACUGUUGCUGGCAACAAUAAUGUCAAGCCUCCCAAAAAAUGGCAAUGUCCCAUAGGCACAACUUUCAUUUUCUGUGUAGAAAAAUGUCCAGAUUCAUGGUCAAGGUCUCCAUAAUGGCCCUUAACCCUUAGCCUGCAAGCAAGCAAUUUAUCAUGACUGUGCACUAUUUCCUCAGCUUCUGAGAACACAUUCCCCAUUCAAUAUCGAAAUGACAGUAACAUGACAUUGAAAAUGUUUAUAGAGUACAUGUUCUUCUUAGGGAACUAGAAGUUAGACUGUUCAGCUUUCAUGUAAAGCACAUGUCCUUGGAUGAUGUACUUGUGAUAUACCUGUGCUUAUAGUGGUGUCAGAUGUGGUCUGUGGCUAGAGCCAGCUAUGUCCAAAAAAUAUCCUUACUUUCACACGGACACAUUCCACUCUACAACUAAGCAAUAAGAACAGAUAAAACUGACACUUCACAUCUUACACAUUUUGGACAUUGAAAUGUGUAAGUGACACGCUGAUAUGAUAUUAUAUCACAGACAAAUAACAAAUAAAAACACUAUCCCUUUAUUCUUAAUCAAAUAGCUGAACAGCUUUGAUAUACUGUUGAAUCAGAUUGUGGUGAAAAGUGUCUUAUGACGACAAUGAUGAGCCAAAGAGGCCCAACACAGUUGUAUGGUGUUCUGCUGUGGCUAUGCUGUGUAACGUUGCAGCAUAGCCACGCACAAUUACAUAGAAAAAAAAAUGUCUGUCAUGAAUGUUGAAGAAAAUUAUAUUUGAAUUUACUCUGCCAAUUGUCCGUGGGUCGAAAUUUGAGACAAAAUAUCCACAGGAAAGCAUUAUUAAACCAACUUCGAAACGCGGGUCUCUGUGUGUGGCAAUCAAUAUUUGUUUGCUCGUGACCUAAGGCAUGUGCACAAGACGGAAUUACAUGCACAAGAUACAUGCAUACUAACCAAAGUCGUGCCAGGUGAUAGAAAUUGCAACGGCAGUACUGGCGCUCUGAAAAGUUGGGUAAAUAAUACUUUCCUGUGGAUAUUCUGAAGGACCAACCUCACAGAUAACAGAUAGAGUAAGUUCAAAUGGAAUUGUAUUGAACAUUCUGGCUUGUAAGGAAGCUUUUUUUCAGACUGUAUACCAAGAAUUGGUACCAGUCUGAUUUAUUAGGCAAGCCUUGUUCUCCUCUUUCUGAAUACCAGGAGAGGAUGAGUCUUAAAAGUAUUUAGUUGAUUCUUCAUAGAAUACUCAGAUCUUCCCCUUCUGCUCUCCUUGCUUCCUUCUGAUCCUUUGAGGAGGUGGCAAGGAGAACAGACACAAGGAAUCGAGCAAUGACUUUUGAGAUCACCCUGGUAUCCUCACUUCUAUCUUCUAUCUGGUUUCCAAUUCCACAUUUACUCAAAUGUUUCUCUAUCCAUUUACUCACUAGCAUGAAGAAAAUGAGGAUGAGGGAGACAUUUGAAUGAAUUUCUCCUGCUGAGUAUGUAUUCCAUUUUGAGGGAGGAAGGUUUUUUAGUGUAAAAACUCUCUGGCCAUUGGCGCCCAGAGGUCAAUCCUGACAGAAGCCAGAGGUCACAGAGGUAAAUCCACAACAUUAGUUCAUACUAGUGGAUUUCACCAUCACCUCAUCGCGAGACCAUGAGCCUGAGUCAUGUCCACUACAUGGGCAUUUUAAUAAGUAUUUGUUUUUUUCUUGUUUGAUAUGUUAAGACUUUUCAAGCAAUACAAAGCCACCACUCUAUAUGUUCCCUCAGGCAUACAACAUAAGAUAUGUAGUGAGACACUCUGAGGGCGCCUCCUCUCAAGACCAUGAGGUGUGUUGUGUCAUACAGUCCCGUGCUGAGCGCCUCCCACCCCCGUCUCUAGCGCACUACUGUGUUGGCUUGCUGUAGAGCAUAGAGCUGUACACAUUAUCCAAAUAAAAUGUAGGAUUGACUAAGCAUGUCUACUGUGUGUUGUAUCUUUGAAUGUGUUACCCUGGAUUAUCGAGUUCGAUGACGGACACCAGCUCUGAAAUCUACAUACAUAGAUAUACAGUAAUGUACAUACAUAGAUAUACAGUAAUGUACAUACAUAGAUAUACAGUAAUGUACAUACAUAGAUAUACAGUAAUGUACAUACAGUGCCUUCAGAAAAUAUACACACCUCCUGACUUUUUCCACAUUUUCUUGUGUUACAUCCUGCAUUUAAAAUAGAUUAAAUUGAGAUGUGUCACUGGCCUACACAAAAUACCCCAUAUCGCCAAUGUGGAAUUA